GAGCAAGUUGAAUUAUUAAUCAAUUUGAAAACUUUUCAAAUUGAUAUGUCUUAUAAAUGUAUAAAAGGUGAUAUAAAUGAAUUUGAAAUCAAUACUUAUGAUAAAAAAUAUAAAUUAAUUUUAAGCUAUUGUAGAAUAUAUACAAAUAUAUCCUUAGCCGAUGGUUAUAAAAAAUUAUUUAAUAUAUUAUUUAAUACAAUCCAAGAACUUACCAAUAAACCACUAUAUAUUUAUCAUAUUCAUAGUAAAGGUUGGGAAUGUAUAAUUGGAGAUUUGGAUGCUGGACAAGCAAAGGGUCUUGGACUUGCUUUAUAUGAAUUAGAUCAAUCUAAAGAUUGGGAAUCACAUUUAAUGCAUAUAUUCAAAUCAUGCAUUAUACAUUUUCAACGAAAAAUUUCUUCAACAAAUAUUAAGGAAAAAAGGGUGCGACAAAACAAUUCACAAGUUACCAAUAUUAUUGAAAUAGAGUCAGAUAAUGAUUUACAAGAUACAAAAAAUGAAAUUCAAGCAGAAAGUUCUGGAAAUACAUUAUUAAAUGAAAUUAAUAAG